AACAAGUUCUGUUAACAACAUUGGAAUCCUUCUGUCUCUGUCUUUGUUCGUGUCUCUGUCUCUCAAGAUGAGUGCCACUGCUUUCAGCUCCAUUUUCUUUAACAGAGCUCACUCUUCCAACAAGGAUUUGAUAAAGCAACAGAAUGUGAAGUUGCGUAGUAAGUGUUCGAUCAAAUGUGGUAUAGCAACUUCUCAAAAGAAUCUGCGUGUUGGUGUUCUUGGAGCAAGUGGCUACACUGGUUCUGAGAUUCUUCGGCUUUUGGCAAAUCAUCCACACUUUGGGGUUGCACUGAUGACCGCUGAUAGGAAAGCUGGACAGACAAUCUCAUCUGUAUUCCCUCAUCUGGGCACACAAAACUUGCCAGAUUUGAUUGCAAUAAAGGAUGCAGAUUUUUCUGAUGUAGAUGCUGUAUUCUGUUGUUUACCUCAUGGAACUACGCAGGAAAUAAUUAAAGGCCUUCCGAAGCACUUGAAGAUUGUUGAUCUUUCUGCAGAUUUUCGUCUAAGAGAUGUAUCUGAGUAUGAAGAGUGGUAUGGUCAGCCACACAGGGCACCAGAUUUGCAGAAAGAAGCUAUCUAUGGAUUAACAGAAAUUUUAAGGGAGGAAAUAAAGAAUGCACGCCUAGUUGCUAAUCCUGGUUGUUAUCCAACUUCCAUUCAACUUCCUCUUGUUCCACUGAUAAAGGCUAAUCUUAUUCAGACUAGUAAUAUUAUUGUUGAUGCUAAGUCAGGUGUUAGUGGAGCAGGGCGAAGCGCGAAAGAAAAUUUAUUGUUUACUGAAGUAACCGAGGGAAUGAACUCUUAUGGUGUUACUCGGCAUCGCCAUGCUCCAGAAAUCGAACAGGGACUCGCAGAUGCUGCCGGUUCAAAAGUAACCAUUAGUUUUACCCCACACCUGAUACCAAUGAGCCGUGGUAUGCAAUCAACUAUUUAUGUGGAAAUGGCUCCAGGAGUAAAAACUGAGGACUUGUACCAACACCUGAAACAAUCAUAUCAGGAUGAAGAAUUUGUUGUACUGUUGGAAAACGGUGUCAUUCCUCGAACUCAUAGUGUUAAAGGAUCAAAUUAUUGUUUAAUCAAUGUUUUCCCCGACAGAAUUCCUGGAAGAGCAAUCAUUAUAUCUGUGAUUGAUAACGUAGUGAAGGGAGCUUCUGGUCAAGCCUUACAAAAUCUUAACUUGAUAAUGGGAUUUCCAGAAAAUUUGGGGCUCAAUUACCUGCCUCUGUUUCCUUAAGAGUUAGUAAUCAUCUUAUCCAACACGAGUGAGCCUGAGAUGUUUUGAUUUUCCCCAAUUUUUCUCUGGCAUUCAUUCUUCUGUGUAAACUUAUAAAUGGUUCUUUUCAUCUGUUGGUUCUAUUGGCAUUUGUGGCGAACGGUGGUGCAGACUCAAUGUCUCGGCUAGAGGUCUUAUAUUAUAGCUGCUACUUAAUAAUGAAUAGUCUAGUUGAAACAUUUUAAAAUUAUGAAUUUUCAUUUACAAGGCCGCAGCCAUGUAUCUGGUGAUCAUGCACCAGCUUGAUUGUUUUCAAAUUAGUUUAUUAGGAGGCACUUGAACGAUGAUGCUUAUAGCCCUGUUGGGUUUGCUAAGAGGUUAGGUUCUAAAAUCUGGUUGGGGAAUGCCCCUCAUUUUGCUGCUCCAUUUUGUUGUAAUGUUCCUGUUUUAGUUCAAUAAUGUCUGUUUGCUCAAUAAACCUGCAAGGCUUGCCUUUGCUAAUGUUGUGUUCAUGUCGAUAUCAUCAUGUGGAAUGAAAAUUCAAUAAAUUCAACUUUACCUUUAA